AUGCCGUCCAAGUCCUCUGGCAACAAAAUGUCCGCCUCUGGAUGUGGCUGCCGCUACUUUUCUCUCUGGAACUCAAGUCUGCUCGCGGUCUUCCUGGCGCUAUUCUCUGCUCUGUACAGCUUCCUCGACGCGCGCCUCGACCAGUUCUAUAUCUUUUACCCUAAGCAUUUGCAUGAUCUGUCGCAGUAUACUAUUAAGACUUAUAGCGAGGAUACCGGCUCUAUUAUCAACUUUAUCGUUGCUGAGCUGCAGGAGAAGAUUAGUGAAAAGUAUCUGAGCACCGAGGAGGAGUGGGUGUUUAACAAUGCUAGCGGCGCUAUAGGCGCGAUGUACUCCGUAUAUCAUUCACGCUAG